AUGUUCUCAGAAGAGAUCAAGGCGUUCAAGAGGCUUGGAUUCCGUCAUGUCCUACUACAACUACUGAACUUCGCGUCGGUCCUCGCGUCUGGCUUGAUGAUUUGGAAAGGACUUGGGCUGUUGACGAAUACUGAAUCACCGAUAGUCGUGGUCCUGAGCGGUUCCAUGGAGCCAGCAUUCUACCGUGGCGAUCUUCUCUUCUUGACAAACCCCGCGCACGAACGAUAUCACACGGGCGACAUAACGGUAUACAAAGUACCAGGGGCGGACAUACCGAUCGUCCACCGGGUAUUGGAGACGCAUGAUGUAGUUGUUAACGAGAAGGGUACCGUUCAAGCAAGUCCGCUGGCGAGCGAGCAACUGUUAUUAACCAAGGGCGACAACAACUACAUCGACGACAUCGAGCUCUACCAAGGUUUGGAAUGGCUGGAGCGCAAGCACAUCGUUGGUAAAGUUCGAGGGUUCAUGCCAUACAUCGGCUAUGUCACCAUUGCUAUGAAUGACUUUCCGCAGCUGAAGUACGCGUUACUUGGAGGGCUGGGAUUGUUGGCGCUUGUACAGCGUGAAUAAUCUUGUAAUCUAUAUGUAUAUAUCGCUAAACAUUGGCAGUUUGACCAUUG